AUGCCGGGGCUCACCAACGGCGCCGGCGUGCCCCAGACGCCGGUUCCGGUCCCCGUCCCGAGCGUGCUUCAGGCGCAAGCGCAGGCACAAGCACAGUCUCAGUCUCAGUCACAGUCACAGCCGCCUCCGCCCAAUGCGGCAUCAGGGACAGGCAGCGCACCGAUAGCGGCGACGGGCGGGAGUGGUAGACCACCGGGCCCUGGCGUCGCACUGUCCUCAACACCCCAGCCAGUGUCCCAGCCAGCGCCGGCGCCAGCAAGUGUGCCGACGCCUGCCAUAGCGAGGCCCUCGAUAGAGACGCCAGCCCCGGCACCAUCUCCAGCUCCGGCUCCGGCUCCGGCCCCGGCCCCAACUGUCGCAUCAGUUCCUGCUCCCAUAGCUCCCGCCGCAGCUCCGGUUCCAGUUCCGGUCCCAAUCCCUGCUCCAGUACCUGUCUCCAAUGCUGCCCAGAAACCCAGUCUUCCACCACCCCGGGUUCCAGCCUCGCCUCCCCCUCCGCCGGAAGUGGAAGCGAUCACGCCGCCGCUGGGUCCCGUGCGCUUCGGCACGAGCAAGACCUACACGCACAAGCACCACCCGGCGCAGCCGCCCGUCGUGGAGCCCCCGCCGCCCGAGGCCAUAGACUGGGAUGACAACCCGGACGUCAUUGCGCUCAAGUCGGCCAUCUCGAUGCUGCAGAUGCAGAGCGCCAAGGCCAAGCGCGACAUGGUCGGCCUGCGCCGGGCCAAGGACGCGGCCCUCGAGGACCCGCGGGCCUUCCUGGAGGAUCUCGCAAGCGGCAACGUCAGGAUGGGCGGUGGCGCUGGCAGCGGUGUAGCGCUCGGGGGCGGUGCCGAAGAGGACGACGACGACGAUGACGACUCUUCGUCCGAGGAGGAAGACGGCGCAGAUCAGCACGGGACCGCGGGCGACACCCAGGCACAAGGCAAGAAGGAAAAGAAGAAGAAGGGCACUGCGGCGGUGAAGAGCGAGCCGGAUCCUAUGAGCCUGGAUAGCGGGCCGACGCGGCGGGAGCCCAAGCCCUGGAGCAGCCUGCCGGCGGCGCAGAACAUCGUGCGCAUGCCGCCCAUCAACUGGAGCCAGUACGCCGUGGUGGGCGAGUCGCUGGACCGGCUGCACAGCGAGCAGGUGCGGCGGCCGACGCAGGGGACCCCGGCGACCGUCGGGCCCGGCGGGCAGUUCGUUUUCCAGGGCAGCGGGCGCCAGGAGGAGGUCCGCGGUAUCGCGGCGCCCUUCAGCCCGCUGAAGGACAGGAUAGACAAGCGGAAACCCAAGCCGACGAACCGCCAGGGAUGA